AUGACGGAGCAACAGCGGCCGCUAUUCGACAAGAGGAACUCUUCGACCUCGUCCGUUCUCAGCGGGGGUAAUGGAAAUGACAAUUCCAAUACCACCACCGACCGAGACACGUCCUCAAACGACGAACAGGCCCAGGCCACCCACCAGCCCUCUCGGCAGCAUCACCCCAAGAAGCACCAAUUCGUCGUCGGCGGCGCGCACUCUCGCCAUCACACCCGCGUCCCAUCCUACGGGCGCAAUUUAAACAAGCUGGGGAAAUUGGCCCCGAUUGCGACAUCUCCGGGCAGCGGUAAGGCACGUGGGGAGGAGAAGGGCAGGUCCUCGGCGAAGCGGGCGACGUUCGAGCUCGGCGGAGACAACCGCCAGAACAGCAACGGGAACAACAGCAGACCAAGCAGCUACAAGGAAGAAGGGUACACAAACGGAAACGCAACGAACACGAGCAACGGGACGACGCCGCCGCUCACUACUGUUGCUACCAACAAGGGUACAAACGGCUUGGUCAAGUCAUCAAGCACAAAGUCUCUUGACCGUAAACCAAGAGACGGCGCACGAAGACUAAAACGAGAAGAGAAGCGCGAGAGAUCACAGUCCAAAUCCCGCGACACUGUACCCCCUCAUCCUGCUCCUGCUCCUGCUCCUGCCCCUGCUGCAAGCCGUCACCACUCUGAAGAAGUGCUUGUCGAGAUGAAUAACAAACGCCAGACCGAAGCGCAGCCACAGACACAGACACAAUUUCAGCUCCCUACCCCACCACAGGCAAAGAUUCAACCACCACCGCCGCAACACCAGAAUCAGCACUUUCAGUCUCAGCAUCCAUCUCAUGCCCCGACGCAUGCCCCGACGCAUCUGCUCCAGCAUACAAAGGCUGGUGGGGCCGCACCCCCCAAGGUCAGCGUUGAGUCCGUGCAGGGCACCCAGCCAACCGUGUUGACCAAGAUCCGGCGCACAACCGCGCAGCAGAAUGGGGCCUAUGUGACCCCUGCGCAUUCCCUUCCAGACUCGCAUGAGCAACCCCUGACAUCGCGAUUCAUCGAUUCUUCGCUGGGAAACUCAAAUUCGAUAUCGCCCUCAUCUGCAGCAAAGGCAUAUGGGCUGUCGGCGUCGUAUCGGGAAAGUCUGCCCACAAUAGUGUCAACCCCGCCUGACAAGGCGCCGGUUACACCUGUGAUCUCAUCGCCCAACCCCACAUUGGCAACCACAACUGUACCCUCGCGCACGCAGCAGAAGCUAUGGCUUCAACGACAAUCAUCGCAGCACGAGGCCCCCCAACAUGUUCAGAACCAAAACAGGAUGGGGCCCGGGUCGGAGUGGUAUGCGCUGCAGCCACGGGCCCAGAAGGAGUUUGAGCGCGUAAACAGAGAGUACCUGAACACGCGGCGUUUCAAGAAUCCCGCCGCACAGAGCAUUGAAAGGAUCCGGGAUAAGCAUGCCGAGCGGCGGAUCCCGAAGCGCAAGGAGGGGCAGAGCGCGGACGGGGCGGGGGCAAUGGGAUUGAGCCAGUCGCUGAAGGAGACGGGGGCAACCAAGUCGGCACGGAAGGAGCUGAAGAUCGGGUCAAAGGACGACUCGGGCGUGAAGCAGACGGCGACAACGAAUGUGAAGGAACGGGAUAGGGCAGAGGGGCUGCACGCAAUAUUGGUGAAGCUGUGGAACACAAAAGAGAUGAUUCCAUCCAAUGAAUAG